CUUUCCAUUGAAAUCGGAACAGAAGUUAAAAACCAAAAUAAGAUGCUAUCGGAAAUGGAUACUGACUUUGACUCUGCGGGUGGACUCCUGGGCGCGACUAUGGGCAGGCUGAGGAUGCUCUCCAGAGGAAGCCAGACAAAGCUGCUCUGCUACAUGAUGCUCUUUGCGUUGUUUGUGUUUUUUGUAGUAUACUGGAUUAUUAAACUGAGGUGA